AAUUUUGAGAAUCAAUUUUAUAAUUCCUUCAUCUACAACUUGUAAACAAACUAAUCAGUCAAUUAUAUAGCGAAUUCGUUUUUAAAACUGAGUCAGUGCCAAACUGACUCUGUAAUAAAAAAAACGUUUUCAGUUUCACGAAUGCGGUGGUUUGUUGGUGUGCGUUAUAUAGUCUGAUUUGUUUAUAUUUACGACGGCAAAUGUACAGUGUCGACGUCUGGUGGUGAUAUUAGUGCUUGGGAGGUAAAUUGUUCUCCAUCAGAUCAGAAGGGCCAAGUGCAGUGUAAACAUAUAAAAGUGAAUGAAAAUUUUUACUUAAUAUUGUUUGAUUACCUAACACAUGUAGUUCUGACACUCACUUAACCAUUUGUCGAUGCCGUACCUGUUUGUUCCACAAAUAAUUACUAUUAUAAUAUAAAACCAUCAUUAGACACAGUUUUCGUUCAAUAUUCUGCGAUAUCGGAAAAAAACUUUUAUUUAAUCACAUAAAAUAAAUAUUCGAUACGUUAAAGUAAAUUUUCAUUCAUAAUUUUGAUUUUGAAAUUUAUUCCACCUGAAUAUCCAUCAUUAUUUUCACCUCCCAAUGAAAGCACACGUAGCUUAAUGCCGUCUACUCUACUCUUCAAAAUCAGAAUCCGAAUUGGAUUACGAUUCCAAUAAUACAAAAGCAAAAGCAGCAGGAUUUCCAUUUUCAUAGUCUUUAUUUUUAGAUUUUCCAAAACAAUAUUCGGAACUUGACAGUUCAGUAUAGUUGUAUUGGUGAACCCGAGUGCCAACCCGUGAAACAUCUCAGUGCGAAACUAACAGCUUUCGGGGCGAACUAGUGCGACACUGAGUGCGAAACUGAGUGAAUAAAAUAAACGUUUUGACAGCAGUUAGUGCAGCACUGGGGUUGAAACUGAACAAAAACGAAUUCGUUAAUCCGCGUUGACGGCAUUGAGUUUGACAUUUCAAAUUAGGGGGUGAAACGUAAACAAACGCAGUGAGAAAAACUAUAAUUUUUGUUCAAAGUUAUCUUGAGAUUCUAUAGCUUUCUGCAAAAAUGGCAUCCAAUGCGAUAAACUCUUCGAUGAUGACGGUAAAUUUGCAGCUUGCCGAUAUUUUUCAAUACGUCGGAGGAGGAAGCAGGUUGAUAGUCGAAGGUGAACGGGUGUUUCAAGCUAACCACUUGCUUCUUGUCGGAGUUCAAACCGUGCACGAGGACGGCUUUACCAUAUUUGCGACUUGUUUGAAGUCAUCAUCACCUAGAGCUGAUCCACACAAAAUUUCCAUCCGCACCAGACCUUCCUUUGAAAAGUGGUCUUUUCAGUGUUCGUGCAAAGCUGGAAUGGGAAAACGCAAACACAUAAUGGCCGUUUUAAAACAUCUUCUAAUGUGUUUUUUGUGAUUUUCUUGAAUACAAAUGGCAAAAAUCAAUUUUUCUAUUUUUAGGUUCCCCUCAGUUCCAUUGCUUACAGUAACAGAUUUGCAACAAAAGUGGGGUAAAAUUGCAGAAAAAGUUGCUGACGAUAUGUACAAGACAACACCAUUGACCGCAUUCUGCAAAAAAAUGACGAAUACAAAAGAUACGACUGAAGCUGCCUCGCCGGCGGGUUUGACUCACGAUGAGGGUACCAACAUUCUUCAGCUUUUCGUGAAAGGAUUCCCUGAAAGCGGUCUGGCAUACGAAAAGAAAGGACGAGAAAUGAAAAAUAUUGACAAAAAUGAUGAAUCUGAUGUUCUGAAUACACUUCUCGAUAUAGAUGUGCAAAGUCAUUCUACAGAAUCCAUUGAUUCGUUAAUUUCUAUUGAAGAAAAUAUGACUUGCAGUCUACUUAAAUCCUUCCUGAGAAGAUCGUUUCAUCCUGAUAACUUCACGAUGAUCGAUCGUGAAAUAAUGGAAUUUAUAGGUCCGUUAGAAAAGGAUCUGCAACUUCAUUUCGAAAUUAAUGUGAAAGUAUCGGAAUACGAGUCUUUGAAAAUAUGUACAAGAACUAUAGAACAAAGAGUAUUAUCGCAAUGGAAAAAAGAACGAAGCCGGCGCAUCACUUCAUCCAGUGCAUACUCUGUGUAUACAUACUACACAAAUCAACCCGACAAGAACAAAAAUUGGAAAAGUAAAAUCCUGAGUAUGGUGACACCGAAACAUCUUUCAACACCAGCAAUCGUACAUGGGAUCCGAUGCGAAUCAAAAGCCAUAACAGCAUAUGAGCGAGACUACAGAAAAAACGUUUGGAGUUGUGGUUUCGUAAUACCCCCACAUAUUUCAUGGCUGGGAUGUUCUCCUGACGGAAUUGUUAUAAACGAAGGGAGAAUAAUAGAAAUUAAGUGUCCAAAAGAAAGGGAAAAUAAAUCAUUGAGUGAUUUAAUUGAUUUUCUUCCCUAUUUUACAAGAUUAAAUGUUUUGAAAAAAAAUCAUCAAUAUUACGCACAGUUGCAACUAACUAUGUUCAUAACAAAAUGUAGAAUAGCAGAUUUUAUAAUCUAUUCAGAAUAUGAUGAUAAAUGCUAUGUUCAGGAAGUUCAAUUCGAUCCAGAUUAUGUUAGAACGAUGGUAGCAGUGCUGAAGGAGUAUUAUUAA